AGAAGCAAGGAACCGAACUCAUAUAAGAACGUUUCAGGUUUCAAAUCUCAACUAUCGAUUUCCAUUUCCCCCAAAAUUUCUAGGGUUUUAGCUGCAAUGGUGACAGCUGCGAUCGAACCAAACCAACGGGAACCGGCGUCGUCCGGCGUGUGUUCCUCAAAAGCUACGCCGUCGAAGCAGGGCGAGGGCUUGAGGCAGUACUAUCUCCAGAACAUCCACGAUCUUCAGCUCCAGGUCAGGCAGAAGACCCACAACCUCAAUCGCCUCGAGGCUCAGCGCAAUGAUUUCAAUUCCAAAGUGAGGAUGCUCAAAGAAGAACUACAAUUGCUUCAGGAGCCUGGCUCAUAUGUUGGUGAAGUGGUCAAGGUUAUGGGGAAAUCCAAGGUCCUGGUGAAGGUUCAUCCAGAAGGGAAAUAUGUUGUCGAUAUUGACAAGAACAUCGACAUCACAAAGCUCACACCAUCAACUAGAGUUGCCCUUCGGAAUGAUAGCUAUGUGCUUCACUUGAUAUUACCGAGUAAAGUGGAUCCUCUUGUAAAUCUUAUGAAAGUCGAAAAAGUUCCUGAUUCUACUUAUGACAUGAUUGGUGGUCUUGACCAACAAAUAAAAGAGAUAAAGGAGGUCAUUGAGUUACCAAUCAAACACCCAGAACUAUUCGAGAGCCUUGGAAUAGCCCAACCAAAGGGAGUUUUGCUAUAUGGUCCACCUGGUACUGGGAAAACACUUUUGGCGAGGGCAGUUGCUCAUCACACCGAUUGUACCUUUAUAAGGGUUUCUGGGUCGGAGUUGGUCCAGAAGUAUAUUGGUGAGGGCUCUCGAAUGGUUAGAGAACUUUUUGUCAUGGCCAGAGAACAUGCUCCAUCUAUCAUCUUUAUGGAUGAAAUUGAUAGCAUUGGAUCUGCUCGGAUGGAAUCUGGAUCUGGCAAUGGUGAUAGUGAAGUUCAGCGGACCAUGUUGGAGCUUCUCAACCAACUGGAUGGAUUUGAAGCAUCUAACAAAAUCAAAGUUUUGAUGGCUACAAAUCGUAUUGACAUUCUGGAUCAUGCCCUUCUGAGGCCUGGAAGGAUUGACAGGAAGAUAGAGUUCCCAAAUCCUAAUGAAGAGUCCCGCUUGGAUAUCUUGAAAAUACACUCGAGAAAAAUGAACUUAAUGCGUGGGAUUGAUUUAAAGAAGAUAGCAGAGAAGAUGAAUGGUGCAUCUGGUGCUGAACUAAAGGCGGUGUGCACAGAAGCCGGUAUGUUUGCACUGAGGGAGAGGAGGGUUCAUGUAACACAGGAAGAUUUCGAAAUGGCGGUGGCUAAAGUGAUGAAGAAAGAUACUGAGAAAAACAUGUCACUGAGGAAGCUAUGGAAGUAAACUCUUUUUAUAUACCAGCUCUUCAUCUUGAGAAAUCUGUUUUCUGGACAAUCCUGUACCGGACGGGACAUCAUCUUCCAUCCCCCCCUCUGCUGCUGCGUCUUCUUCCUCCAUCUUCUUUUCAAGCAUUUUUAUUUUGUUUCAACUUAGAAUUUAAUGUUGUUUACUCCUAAACUUCAUAUGGAUAUUUGCCACACUACUAGUGGUUCAAUGCUGGUUGAUCGAUAUGUCCUGGAUCCUAUUCCUUGAUUCACACCAUGGGAAGCCAGAGCCUCCCCUUCUGUCCA